GAAACAACGUGUUUGAUCCGUUCAAAGUAUGCGUGACCCAUAAUUGGAUUGAGAGUGGGGAAUGUCUCAUAAAAUCCUCCACUGAAGCUACUGUUUACAGUACCAGUUCAGAACUUGACAACGUCACCUAACAAUGAGGACUCUAUUCUUUUUAACAUUCCUACUGGGGUGCUUUAUCCUGGCUAGGCCACACACAUAUCACAUGGGGGCUUGCCCCAUCGUGCCACCCAUGCCGGGAUUUCAAAUGAACAAAUUUUUAGGUGUGUGGUACGUAAUCCAGAAAACAUCGACUGCUAGCAAUUGCAUCACUUACAACUAUACUCGUGGAGAAGAACCGGGCGAAUACGUCAUAACGCAGGAUUCCAAUCACCCAAUAUUAGGUCUUACGCCAUUGAAGCACGAGUAUCAUUACACCGGUGAAUUGAGCGUUCCGGAACCGAGUACGCCGGCACGAAUGCUAGUUCGUUUUCCUCUUAGUGUAGCCGGAAGUGCGUCUCACGUAGUAUUCGCUACAGAUUACGUGAACUACGCUGGUAUCUUUACAUGCCAGAAGCUGACGUUCGCUCAUCGUCAAAGUGCGACGAUCCUCUCCAGGCACCGAGAAUUAGACAAGAGCUACGUGGACGAGAUACGCCAAUUUUUGGCCCAGUCCGGUGUGGAUCCUUUUGAUUUGAGCAUCAUCUCUCAAUCUGGAUGUCCUCACGGCAACAAUAGUCUGGACAUCAACGUGGAUCCGAAUACUUUUACAGCUGAGAACCUUGGAAACGUGGUUCGUAAAGCUGGAGAAAAGAUCGGCGAUGGUGUCCAAUGGGUGGCCAGUGCAGGAAGUAAAGUAUACCAUAAAUUGUCCGGAAGUGAAGAGAAAAGUACUAGCAAACCUGAGGCGAACACCAGAGCAGCCAUAACGAGGAAUUACGAAACGAACGAAGUCGAAUGGAUUCCUUAGAUUCUAGAUUUAAGCUCAUUCUAAAUGCAUAAAUCUCGAUGAGGACCAAUGCUUUUCCUCCUUCCUUCUGUACUCGUCCUUUUACCGUAGGGAUAUUCCUAUUUUUUGCUUUAAUUUUGUCUGCUGAAAUUUUAUGAGAGAAUAAUUGAUCACAACAGCGUACGCUAUAAUUAGACGCGAGUCGAGAACGAAAGACUAUGUAACGAACAAAACGAUAUUUUUAUUUUUUUAACCUGAUUGAAAUAAAAUGAAGUCCUAACGCGAA